AUGGAAUUAAUACAGGGAUUUAUUCAACCUCCAAAGGUUCCUUCUGUUGAAAGUACUAUUCCAACGCUUUGUGAUCGUGUUGAAUAUUCGACGUUGAUUGGCGAUAGACGUUCUGCAGUGUUAGGUCUAAAGUCUUUCAGUCGCGAAUAUAGAGAGACUGUGAUUGCUUCAGGUCUUAAACCUUUGAUAAAUGCGUUAAGAAAGGAUUAUGAAGACGAGGAUUCAGCAAAGGCUAUUUUAGAGACAUUGUUAAUACUUUUUAUCAGAGGAGAAGGGUUCAAUGAUUUGACACGUACUUGGGUUUCACAGCAGUCCAGGUUACAGAAUAGUAAAUAUCCUUCUCCAUUAAUUAUGAAGCAAGAGCUUGAAAAGUUUGAUCAAUUUUCCUUGUGGAUUGCCGAUGCUUUAACUCAAUCAAAUGACUUGGUGCAUCUGUUGGUACAAUUGGCUGAGACUGGGAACUUCCACAUUAGACUGUAUGCCAUUCAGUUGCUGGAAGCCAUCAUCACGACCAGGCCAUUUAGGGCUCGUGAGGCAAUAAUGUCUUUACCAACUGGUGUUUCUACAUUGGUUUCAAUGUUAGAGACUGCACACGAUCCGAUUCGGGAUGAGACAAUUCUUUUGUUGAUGGCUGUUGCCAAUGACAAUCAUCACAUACAAAAACUUGUUGCAUUUGAAAAUAUAUUUGAACGGUUGUUUCAAAUAAUUGAAGCUGAGGGUGGCUUAAGAGGAUCCAUUGUUGUUCAAGAUUGUUUGUUCCUUAUCAAUAUUAUCUUAAGAUAUAACGCCUCGAAUCAAUCGCUUUUCUUCGAAACUGGAAACCUCCCAUACAUUGCAAGACUUUUAGAUGAACCUUUAUCUUCUGAAGAAUUUUACUGGAAUGACCAACGUGUUUCGAAUAUUAAGGCUGCUUUGGAUAUUGUGAGAUUAACUGUUGAACCAGGUGAUUCAGUAACUUCCGCACAUCAGCAAUCUUUUUUUAAAGCGAAUAUUUUAAUGACCAUUUUACGUCUGGCAUUUUUCCGUGGCACUCCAAACUCUAUUAGACCUUUGGCGUUGCUAACCACUGCAGAUAUUAUUAGGGGAAAUAAUGCAAUACAAAGGCAGCUAGGGAAUAUCGAUGUUCCAUUUUGGGAUCCUAGCUUACCGCAGCUUUCUCCGCAAUCCGAAAUUAUUCCUAUGCCAGUAGUUGAUUUAUUAUUGAAUUGGAUUCUUUAUGCGAAUUCUGUGCACACUUUUGAAAUUAGAAUUGCUACAUUGGAGCUAUUGAAAGCAUAUCUUAGUGUAAAUCCGGAGCUAUGCAAAGAAUUUGUACAACUUCAGAUAGAUCAAUUUAAAGCCGGUUUUAUUGAUAAUGGUAAGCAAAAUAUCAAUAUACUUAGUGCCUUGUUGGAUUAUGAUCCUCAUUUGAAUCUUAAUCCAUAUAAAUUAUUCUUCGCUUCCGACCUAAUACUAUUUUUAUUCCAAUCGGAAGACAGCGAGCAUAUAGGAAUAUCAGAUAUGUUACGUGAGGUGGUUAGUGGUGAUGAUUCAAAUGGCGUUGAAGAGUUGACAUCAAUUCAAAGUAUUAUUGAAUUAUUAUUAAUGACUCUCAGCUCGCCGGAUUGCAGAAUCCCAAUUUCAUACUUGAGUUUGCUAAUUGUAUGGCUGUUUGAAGAUUUUCUAGCUGUAAAUGCUUUCCUUUCAAAUAAGUCCAACAUAAAGUCACUAUUGAACUACGUUUCUCAAUUUCAGGAUGAGAAUAUGACCGUAAGAUGUAUGAUAGUUAUGCUCUUAGGCGUUGCAUAUGAAUUUUCAAGUGAUUCAUCUCCUUUGUCACGAGCAGAACUUUAUGAAAUGUUGUUUAGUACUAUCGGUGUAGAUAAUUAUGCCUCAAGAAUAAGACAAUUUAAGGAAUCUUCUCUAUUCAGUACUGCAGGUAGUUACUAUUUUGAUCAUGAAUUUGAUGACACUGGUUUGCCGAAAAUUUACUUUAAUAGUUAUUUUACUGAGUUGUUUAGGGAAAAUUAUUAUCGAAUCCAAUCAGCUUUGAGGCGUUCCCCUGAUACACAACCUAAUCUCAAGAUAUCUUUCAAGGAUUUUGAUGAACUACAACAGCAGUUUUCAGCUGUCACGAAGCAUUUAGAAAGUUUGCAGACUUCCAGUUCGGAAACAAUCGAGGGUUUAGAAAAUAAGCUUGAAGUUCUCAAAGACGAGCUCAGAUCUUUGAAGGUAGCAAAGGAGGAGUAUACUAAGGAUAUUUCUCUUUCGGAGGAAAAAUACUCUGAAUUAUCAAAUCAAUUGGAUGAAGCAAAUAAAAGGAUAAGAGAACUAUCCGACAAGAAUGCAAAACUGGAUGACCUGAAGAAGAACCACUUGAAGAGCAUUGAAAAUAAUAAAUCUCGCUUAGCAGAAUUCAAAGACCGUAUCAUAUCCUUGGAAAAAUCUUUGCAUUCAAUAACCGAGGAAAAGAAGAAGGCAGAAGAAGGUAUUAACAAGAUGAGUAGAGAACUCUUCUCAUUAAGCAAAGAAAAAAGCCUACUUAGUACAGAAAUGGAUAAAUUGAAAAGCGCUUCUGACAAGGAAAAGAGCAAGUUAUCUCAAGUAGUUGGUGAACGUGAAGCACAUAUAGCUAAGAUGAAAACGGAACUUGCUGAUAUUUUUAAUCAAAAAAAUCAACUUGAAAUAUCCAACGAGAGUCUCUCAAAAGAAUUAUCGGAUAUAAAACCUAGAUUUUCCAGCCAUGAAAUGCUGAUUCCUAAGUUGACUGAGAAGCUUAAGUCUCUCGCUACUAAUUGCAAGGAGCUUGAAAUAAAAAAUAAUUCCUUAAAGAAACAACUGGAUGAGGCUCGUUCAACCUCUAGUCUAGAAAUUGCAUCUUUGAAAUCUGAAAUAGAAACCUUAGUCGCUGAGAAGAGCAUUUUAGACCAGAAGAGCAAUAACCUUGAAGUUCAACUCGGUAAAAUUCAAAGAGAAUUAGAACUGGCAAAGGUUGAAGUUGAAGAUUCCAAAACAAAACUUUCUGACGAAAAUUCCAGGUUACAUGAAAACCUUAAGAAUCUGAAAGACCAACUAUCUUCUAUAACCUCUGAAAGGGAUCAGCAGAAACUCAAAUCCGAAUCACUCGCUGGAGACUUGACUAAAGUGUCCGCUGAGAUUAAAAAAUUACAAAAUGAUUAUGAAUCUUUGAUAAAGAAGUUAAAAGUUACAAAUUCAGACCUUGAUUCAUGUAAUGAAAGGUUGAAGCAAUCUCAAAUCGAACGUGAUACUCUUGAACUUGAGUUUAAAACCAUUUCGACACAAAAUUCUGAGCUACAGAAAAAAAUUGAAGAUCUGACACUGGAAAACAAAUCUAAUACAGCGUCUCUAUCAGAAGACAUAUUCCAGAAUGAUAGUACUGUCGAUAAGAGCGAUGAAUUUGAGUUAGAAGAACUACGUACAGCCUUAAAAAAUGUUACUGCAAAUUAUGAUGCCGCUAAAGCAAAGGUUGAUGAGCUGGAGAGGAAUUUGAGAGUCCUAAGUGAAAAAAGUAAAAAUAAUGAUUAUAAUGAUAAUUCGGAAUUAAAGAAACUUCAAAGUCAAAUAGCUGAUUACAAGGGUAAAUUAUCUAAUACUGAAACAAACUAUACUGAUUUAAAAAAGGCCUAUGAGGAAUUAGAGAAAACCCAUAGGUUAACACUGAAAGAAGCUGAAAAGUCCUCAACAAACUCAAAGUCCCAAGUAGGACAAGUAUCAGACUUAUCUUCUGAUGUUGAAAAUUCUAAAGGUGGAAAGGAUGAUUACAUAGUGGAAUCAAAUUCUGAAAAAGCCCAGUUAGAAACAGAACUUGAAAACUUGAAGAACCAACUCCAAAUUCAAAGAGAUGAAAUGGCGGCUAAAAACAAUUUAUUAGACACUAAACUUGCUGAAUUAGCCGUUAUCCAUGAGGAAUCAAACGACUUGCGCUCUAAACUAGAACAGUUUCAGAAAAAAGCUGCCAAUUCUGAAUCGGAACGUGAUGAUUUGAUUUUAUUGGUAUCUGAGUUAGACGAGAAAAACCAGAAAUACCGCGCAAAACUUCAAACUUUAGGUCAUCCAGUAAGCUCAGACGAAGACACAGAUGCUGAAAAUGAAGAUGAAUAA